CGGCAGCCACGCGUCAGUCUCACCCGACUGACCUCCUGUCCCUAACUUCCCUCUUCGAUUCCUGACCCGCGCACAUUGAACUCACGCGGUUUGUACCGGCGAAGACAUCGCGCGGCCCGUUCAGUUGCUCUCCGACCGGAAGUGCUGCUGCUUCGUCGCCGAGAGUCAUGCUGGUGACGCUGAAACGGCCUAAACUCGGAUACGUUCGACCGGCCAUGGUAAAGGAGGAUCAGCGUUACGCGAUCGGUGCCCGUCGACCAUGUUAGAUGCUGCGUUUGUUCGAGACAACAACGAUCCGUCGUACUGAUACACACGGCCUGCAAGUCGCGCUCGCUCGACAUGGAAACGAACAUCGAGAGGAUCGAGAGGCGCGACGGAUCGAAGAAGACGGAUGAUCCUUUCGCGAUGGAGAUUCGACGAGUACAAUAGUGAGGGUCGAGCGAAAGGGUCGAACCGAAAGGAAUCGAGGAAAGCGUCGACGUAUCAUCGACCACCAGUCGAUAGAGUUUCUCCGUUCGUUUCGGACGUUCGGUGCGUAUACGGCUGUCUCUGCGUACGUGUACGGGUGGUGGCUGGUGUUUAGUGCGCGCGUCCGCGAGCCGCAUCUCUGUUCGCCGCGAGAGUUUCAACGAGAAGUAAACAUCGACGGGACUCCAUCGAAAUUUGAUCGAAGUGAAAGGAAAUAAGUAGCGAUUUAAAAGGAGCAGACCAGCGGAAGCAUCCUUGCAGUGUCGUUCGUUGUAGACGCGUAGUGUCGAUCGCCGGUUGAUCGUCGAUCAAAGUCACGGUGCGGUGUUUCGCACAAUCUACCACGUGUUCCAGGUAAACUCGAACGACAGGCUACGAUUUCCUAGUUAUUCGUUGUACGACUGAUAGAAGGCGUUGUAGCGAGAAGAAGUAAACGAGUUGUUGACAUAGAGAAAAAGAGUUUGUUCGUUCUCCUAGUGGAAAUAUAUCGCAUCCUGCAAUCAUCGUAGAUCGAGGUUCUAUUAAAAGUCAUUAUUAGAAGAAUUUAGCGAUCGUUGUCGUUAUAGUGAAAAUUUAUUGUACGAGAAUCUUCGAUAUUACAUAGAUAUAUCUAUAUAUAUAUAUAGUAUAUUUGAGAGAUUUUUAUACCGUUGUUCACGGUGAACGUAAAAAUCAGUUGAGAGAGAUUUAUAGAAAAAGCACGAAGAGGAAAGGGAGGAAAAGAGAAACGGAGGAAUAUUCGUAAACUGGAAAGAUCGAAUCUCCGUGUCGGAACAUCAUCCGACUAACGAGCAAGCACUCUAAAUAUAAUAAUGGUCGUGAGUUCGCACUUUAAUUCCAGUAACAAUCGACGAGUAAUUAAUAACGAUCGAUUCACGCGAGAAUUCCGAGCGUUGAAUUACCGUUCGUCGGCAUACAAUUAAUCAAACGUUAUUUCGAAAUAUUAUACGAUCUCUGGCGACGCGAGACAAAGCUUCAUUGGUCUAUCGACUGAUGCGAGGAACGAAUAUAAAUAUCGACCCGAAAUAACGAGUUAUCGGGGAAAAUAUUCCAGUUGCUAAAGACGGACGAGAGAAAAAGAGAGAGAGCGAGAGAGAGGAACCUGUCGCUUGGAACGCGUCGUCCAAUGAAAGAAGAGAAUCGUGGAUGAAAAUGGAGAUCGGUCGCGGACUUUGCAACGUGAACGACAGAAGAAAGGCUUGAACGCGUUGAAGAUAGACGACGAGCAACGAGGAGAUUAUCGAUUUGUUCACGCGUGGGCCAACAUGUCGCGCGCGAAAUGUGCACAAGCUGGUUGGCGAAUCGUCUGGAAACGUCGGAACAACGAGCAGCGUCUUGGAAUUCGUGACGCGUUUUAGGAUAAGACGCGCGCCAGCGUCGAGCUUGCGUCUCGUUCGUCGAACGCGAAUCGAGCGGUAUGCAUUUCGCUUCGAUCGCGUGGAAUCUGUAAAAUUUAAAGACGUCCGAAAAGAGUGCGCGACAGAUCUUAAAGCGGAUAUUCGAAGAUUUACUUUGGCAAGAGGAACACGACGAUGAUCGUGCAGCUGGGCACCUAGUCGGUCGUGUCCUGACGCCGCUAAAACCCAAAUGGGCGAACCGAAACCCGCUUCGUCUCCGCAGCCCAACGGCGGGGUGAAACAGAAGCCGACCAGCCUGAAUCUAGCGCCGGGUCCCGGUUUCUAUCGCAAUGUCAACGGACGUGCGAGCCUGAAUGAUCGUCAUCUACAGCACGUCACCGCUGUCGUCGGCGGUGAACGCGCCGCACGCGUCAACAAGUCAGCUUCGCCAAGUCCUGCCGGCGCAGUCAACAAUUCCGAGUCCGCUGGCAAUUCAGCAAUCGCCACUACCACCGUCCAACUACCAGCUCUACCAACAGUACCACCAUUAUCAGCAUUAUCUUCAGCGUGGUCGUUGUCUGCAGAACUUGAAAAUUUGCUGGAACCCCCGCCCCCACCGGCCCCAACACAUUCUGCGACCACGCCUCGAACAAACACCGUCGUCAACGACCACCAACAACAGCAGCAACAGCAGCAGCAGCAACAACAACAACAACAGCAGCAGCAACAGCAGCAGCAACAACAACAGCGCAACAACGUACAAUCGUCCCCGAUCAACCAGUUGCCCUCCCGUAGCCCGAGUCACAAUGGUCACGGAUUCCCAUUGUACACCCCACCAGCUCCGAUACCAGCAUCCGGCGCAAAUAAAAUUCGCUCUACUCCCAACGGUCUACCCCAACCAACAGCACCGAGGCGUCCUCAUAGUAUUACCACUCCACCAUACCACCAUGUCUCCUCAAAUGUCCACCACUCCCUUGGUCAACUCGGUGGUAGAGCAAACGCAACGUCAGCACUAUCAUCACCAGCAACAGCAACAACCGUAUCAACAGGCACACCAGGAUCAACAACACCGUCAUCGUGGAGCAGCAGCGUUGGCGCACCAAGCCCAAGUUCAGCCGCCGUUGUAUCAGGGAUGGUACAACGGCGCGCCCAUUCGGUCGCCGGUACUCCAGUAUCUGUAUCCACCAACGGCGGUAACAACAAUGGCGGCAUCAAUGGUGUCAACGGGCAACAGGAGCCACGGAGCAACGGUGCACCAUCCGUCAACGGUACAGUGGGACCCACGACUCGCAGCGUUAUACCACCCCAAUCUUUAUGGAACGGGCAACUUCAACAACCCGUACCUAGGCGGCCUCACAGCAUCGCCUCGACACCCGUUACAGCUUCAGCAGGCAUGCCUGCAGCAGCUCCAGCAACAUCAGCAAGCAGCGUACCAUCGUCCGCUCGUACAACAGGCGAAUCUAUACAGUGGGGUUCCUCUGGAAUGGUGUUGCACCAACCCAUACCUCGUAGGGCGUACGCUUCGACCCUGCCACAUCCCCAGCCACCCACGCCCACGUCACAAGGGCCCGCUCUGAGUAUUCUAACGAAUCCCGGUAACUCGAACACGUGGACACCUGGCGCCGCGUUACGAUCCAGGCCUCAUAGCAUAGCCACCACGCCGCAGACCGCUCCGAUGCCGCCGGCCUCUCCCUCCGAUUCUGGUUAUCGAUCUUUGCCAUCUGCCGCCAGCGAUUAUCAGAUUCUCAAGUCCCCUUCGAGAUCUCAACAGCAGACGCAGCAGGGACAACAACAGCAACAGAAUCAGACUGCCACGCGACGUCUGUCCUUGCCGUCUGCGCAAUCUCUUCUCCGUGCUUCCGCGCCCAGACCCAGCCCGACGUUUCACGGCCUGCCGUUUCGCCCGUUUAAUUGCGGCGUCUCGCCUAAUGGCAAUCCGAUCUUCCUCGGGUGCACUCAUCUGCACAACAGCAGCUCCGGUGGCACAGGCAGCACCGGAACCAGAAGCUCCACGCCGGCCACCAGCCCGGCCACGCCGCUCACCACCUCGCAGGCGAUACAACAGUUGCUGGCACAGCCACGGAACGGAUUCAAGAUAGUCGACGAUAAGGUGUCGCUCUUCAUCGAAAUCCUCGAUACGCAGGAGAGGUUCGCCAAGAUAUCUCGCUGUAUUCGUUGAUUCCCUUUGUACGUUUGAUUCUCUACUGCGAGAUGCGUUGACGCUCGAACGACAAAAGGAGACCGAUGGACCGUUAGAACGUAACGUGUUCAGAGUAUCAGUUACCGCCUUUGGGGGACAGAAGUAAUUUACGCGGAAAGGAUAGAGUCACGAGGAGGUAGAACAAGGUGAUGGCCUCGUGUAGGAGAGCAAAGAAGCAGGCUCGGUGUCUAGAAUCGUGCUCAUUGUUAUGCAUUUCCGUUAUUAAAUAUGUAUAUCCCGGACUGCGUUUCCGCGCAGCCGGAUGCAUCUCAGUCGACGCUGUGGCUGGAUUAAAAGUCUGUAUAACCGGAGUACGGCCUGCCUCUGGUAGUGUAACAUUAAAAGUUUACAAACAACGUCUGCCUUCGUUGCCACGUAACUUUUCAAGAUCUAGACACUUUCGCGUUAACUAUAUUCCUGUUCGCUACCUUCCUUAGCGGACAUCCUUCUGGCCUCAGCGACACUUUCAUCCCUUGUUACUCCUGGUCAGAUGAUUCGUUAUUGCUUCGUUACCCGUCUCGUCGAGGACGAGGAACUUGUGAUUAAAUAUGGCCCCGGAAAAGGAAUCAACGAGGAGUAGUAUUUUAUGUACGUUUACAUCUUCCUUG